ACAGGCAGCUCAGUUCAGCACCAUAGCGAGGCAGCUAAAGCCUUGUGUGGGAGGGAGGGACUAUGGCGAAAAUCUUUCCUCUCAAUUAGCAAAGCAGCCGAGGAUGCUAACAUCCAGUAAAAUGUGUUAAAGGAAUUUAGUCGUCAUUCUGUUACGUUUGUGCUAUACUAAGUACUGAACUCAUGCAAAGAAAAUUCGACAUAAUGAACGCCGAAAAAGGAUGCAGUGAACUGAGAACGCCGUGGGAAAAUAAUUAAAGUGAACCAGCAGAGAGAAACGAAUGGCUUCUGUAGAGCUGCUUUACAUAGAUAAGGAAGUGAGAGGCAGACAACCCGAUCCUCCAUGCGUCCUUGACCGGGCUUCCAAUCCAGUGCAUGUUGGUAAGGCGAGCGGUUCUGCCGGUGGGACACUCUCUAGAGAGCACGGGGGCAGCUCCGCUCCGGGCUAUGAAGGACUGUGUAAUUCAGCACCAAGGACGGCUCCCCAUAACGGAGGACUGAAUGUUAAACACGGCCACCCUGCGGUGGAAAAGGUCAGACUGUGCUGCGACGACGAAUUAGAGACAUCUUUCACCUAUGUCGACGAGAAUGUGAAUUUGCGCCUAUCAAGCCCAGGGAAAUGUAUCCACAGACCCGUAUUUAAUGAUUCCGCAAGCGACAUUCGUCCCGAGGGAUUUCCGGAGCUCUCCAUUAUGUCAGAUGAUGAUCUCGAAUCAGAAAGUUCCGGACCAUCUGUAGAUUACGGUUUUAUAAGCGCAGUCACUUUCCUUGUCACCGGGAUCUCAUUAGUCAUCAUAUCCUACGCUUUCCCUCGCGAAGUCAAAGUGGACCCGGAGAGUGUGUCUGCGAGAGAGAUGGAGAGGCUGGAGAUCGAAAGUGCAAGAAUAGGGGCACAUUUGGAUAGGUGCGUGAUUGCGGGGCUCUGUCUGCUAACGCUGGGUGGAGUAGUGCUUUCCACUUUGCUCAUGAUAUCUAUGUGGAAGGGGGAGAUGUACAGGAGAAAAGCCUUCGCCUACUCCAAGCAUUCAGCGAAACUCUAUGGAUCCUUCAAUUUGAAAACGAAAUCAAGCCCUAGUAGGUUGUCUGCGCACCUGUCUAUGGAGCCAGAGAUGGAUGAGACCUUGAAUUAAAAUUGUAUUAUAUUGACAAAAUACUUUUGACUUGUGUUAAUUAUCCAGAGUAACACAAUAAAACAUGAUGCAGGUGUUUCAGACCAAAAGCUGCAACUUCAGUUGCACCUGAUUUGGCCUGCAGUACCUGUACCAUUAAAAUAACUGUUAAAACAAGAUGAUGAAAUAUACAUGGUCUUCAACUCCAUAAAACUGAAUGGACACGCAAAGCAUAUAUCUAUUUAAACAGGUUAGCAUAUUAUAAAAGGAUGCUGAAUAAAAAAGAAGAACAACAAAUAAUAAUAAAUGAAUAGAAAUGAAUAAAGUUACAAAAAUGUUGGAAACUGCUGGAUCACAUAUUUCAUAGAUGAAAUCUUAGAAAGGCUGCAUGCAUUAUUAAGGGGAUUCAUUUUUAAUGUGAACAUGACUGACAGCCAGCAAUAUAUGCUUCAUGCACACAUUUUAAAGGGAAAACUGUCUGUCCCAUGAAUUUGGAAAGUGAGAUGUAUGGGGGAAGUGGCCUGGUCUAGUGCACUCUAGUUAGUCAGAUAUGACAAAUUCUGCUUAGUGGUGCGUAUCCUUAGAGCCAAUGGCCUUUUGACUAAAUCAAUUCACGGCCAGUGUUACCUAGUAAACGUAUUUAAACUAAAGAAUCCCAGCCAUAACCAGGUACAGUACAGCAUUGUACAGUAUAGUACAUUAUAGUACAAUGCAGUACAUUAUAUUAUAGUACAAAACAGUACAUUAUAGUACAAUGUAGUACAUUAUAUUAUAGUUCAAAACAGUACAUUAUAGUAUGGUACAGUA